UCUAGAAAAAGGCACAACAGGCACACAACAAGCAUCUUGAGGUUUUCAGAGUUUUAUGGCAAUAGGAUUGAUGGAUUUUGUUAGUGUUGGAAUCUUUCUGCUUAUUGCAGUUGACUUGUGUUUGGCACAGUGGUCAGGAUUUAAACAAAGCCAGGCUCCAAUAAGAUUCCAACAACAACAGUCAACAGUUUUAGCUCCUCAGCAAGCUGUCCAAAGUCUACAGACGUCAGCUUCUUUUAGUCCUUCAAGACCUUUAAUGAGUCCUACUUGGGUAGAUCCACGGAAACUCCAAGAACCUGGAAGCACUUAGUCUAAACAGCUUAUGCAGGCUCCUGUGGCACCUUUGACCUGGCAUUUUCCUGUAGUACCAGAAGAACCCCAACAGCCAGUUGUUCCUUUUGAGUUGCAUGUACCUACCCCUGCACAGAGUAUUGCUGCACAAUGUGGAGAGAGCUUUGUGCAUGUGGAGGUUAAGAAGGACUUCUUUGGGACUGGUCAGCUGGUCAAUCCUUCAUUCCUCAGCUUAGGAGGCUGUGCAGCUGUAGGGGAGGAUCCAGAAACUCAAGUGCUUAUCUUUGAGUAUGAGCUCCAGACAUGUGGCAGCUCUCUAAAGAUGACUGACAAUGAGCUGGUCUAUAUGUUUACCGUCCUCUAUACUCCUGAGGCUUUAGUAGGAACUCCCAUUGUAAGAACUGAUGCAGCAGCUGUUGGAAUUGAGUGCCACUAUUCAAGGCUACACAAUGUAAGCAGCAAUGCUUUGAUUCCCUCUUGGGUUCCUUUUGCUGCUACAAAGGUUUCAGAGGAAGUUCUGGUGUUCUCACUGAAGCUCAUGACUGAUGACUGGAUGUUUGAGAGGCCAUCCAAUCAGUACUUCCUAGGGCAGUUUCUGGGAGUUGAAGCUUCUGUGACACAGUGCCUGGUUGAUGCAAAGCUUACAGGUUCAACUUCUAGUUUUAUGCACCGGGUUCAGAGUAACAAACUGCACUUCCAAUUGGAGACUUUCAGAUUCCAGCAGUCAAAUAGUGCUCAGGUCUACAUCACAUGUGCUUUGAAGGCAGUUGUGGCUUCAACCCCCAUAAGUCCAGAGAACAAGGCUUGCUCCUUUGCAAAUGGAUGGCUUUCUGCUGAUGACAACGACCAGGUGUGCAUGUGCUGUGAUUCCACAUGUGGCUCCAACAGGAAAGGGAGAGCACUGUCUGAUUCAGGCCUUGUUUCAGAAGGAAAGGCAACCAUUGGCCCCAUUGUAGUCUCUAUUUGAUGUGGAUUGGAAGAAGUGGCCAAUAAAGACCUGAAAACAAUACUGUGGCACACCUUGAGUUUUUUUUCUAGAGGAUAGAGUUGGGCUUUUACAUCUUGACAUGGUCUUGCACCUGCAUUGAUACCUUGCAUGGACGUUUAGUUACUAGUGAUGCUGACACUUGUGACUCUUUCUGACAACCAUUACUUUCACUUCAAGUGAAUAUGAAACCGUAGUAGACCAUUAAAAUGCUA